AUGCGCUCUAGCGCUGCAAUUCCUCUGCUAUUGGCCGUUCUCCUGAGGUUCGGAGAAUCGGCUGCUGAUCGCGUGCUUUUGAAAGAUGUAACGGCGAUCACGUUGAAUCGAGGACAAAUGACAACGGGCCGCCGCUCCUCACCCGUUCCCCAAUUGCGAUGUGUGGGUGGAGCGGCUCAGGGUGUCUAUUCCCCGAAAACCGUGCAAUGCUACAAUCGGGGAUCUGAUGGAUCAGAUGUGCAAUGGGAAUGCAAAUCGACGAUGGAUGAUCGCUAUGUGCUGGGAAGGAUCACUGUUUCGUGUGAGGGCUACGAUCAUCCGCAUGACCCCUACAUUCUCAAAGGAUCCUGUGGGCUUGAGUACGAACUUGAGUACACAAGUGGAAGUGGAUCAAAGACAAAGAGUACCGGCAAACAACAAGAAGAAGGCGGAUUCAGCCCUCUCCUCAUAGUUUUUGUUGCCAUUUUCGCGUUCAUUGUCUACUCGUUCUUCACGAAUCGCGGUGAUGCUCAGAAUCGAAAUGAUGGACCUGAUGGUCGUGAUCCACCCCCAUAUCCAGGGUGGAGGCCUGGUGGUGGCGGAGAUGGACGACCCCCAGAUGCCCCGCCGCCAUACGAUGAUGGAAAAGGAACAUUUACGCAAGGCACAAGUGGAUCCACCAGUCAAUCGGGUCCCGGUUUCUGGUCUGGCGCCGCUGCUGGAGCUGCCGCUGGUUACAUGGCUGGACGAGCGCAAAAUUCAUGGGGCUCCUCUUCAACUCGCCAACGUACAAGCGCUCACUCAUCCUCUCACCAAUCAGCAGGUUCGUUUGAUCCAAGAGAUGAUUGGGAAGAGAGACAACGAGAAGACACGAGAAGUCAUCGACCAAGUGAUGAACAUGAGACAACAAGUUUUGGUGGUACUUCGAGAAGA